AUGACAUCCUCAGCUUAUGUUCUCGUACCGCUGGUGCGGACAGGCCUCUUCAUAGGCUGUCGGCUCACGCUGCUUCCAUGGCUCUUCGGCGAGGCCAAGCAUGCUUCGCUGGAUGCUGAUGAUGCACAAGAGAAUGGGGACUCCAUGCAGAAUGGCGACGCCAUUGCGAUGGGAACGCUGCCUUCUCCUGCUACAGCUUCAAGAAGACCAAAAGUCAGCCUCUUGAGCGCAGUCACACCGAAUGGCACAGCCAGCUCCAGCUCCAGCUCCUCCGGCGAUGGCAGCCUACUGGCCCGAGUCCUCUCCACCUUCUCGCCCUCGGCUCUGCUCCUCGCGCUGAGCUUCGAGGAGGGUAUCAUCCUCUUUGUUCUGGUCCUCAUGGAAGCAAUGGGCUUCGAGCGAGAUGUUCUGCAGUCACAAUGGAGAUGGAGUCUCUUUGGCGUUGUUGGACUGGCAGUCUGCUUGCUACCUCUCGGUCUCUCGCUCCUCCUAACCUACACCCUCCUUCCCCAGGCAGGCGCCUCGGCAAUCCCUCGCCGCUUAGCGCUCUCCCUCAUCCCAUUUGCCGCCUGGCUCCUCCUCUUCCUCAAGGUGCCCCUCCCCUCCGCCCUCCUCACCGACACAACUGCCUCGCUCCUCGAAUCUGCUCUGGCCCGUACAGCCGUCCUCGGGGUGAGCCUGAUCGCCAUCCUCUCCGGAUCGGGAGCAAUGGGCGCCACGAUGGAUUCGCUGGAUUCCUUCUUGGCGGCCAGAGGAGGAGGCGGGAGGCGUCGAGACCCUUCACCUUCAGACGUGCGAAGUGCAGAGUCCUCCUUCCGUAAAGCCUGCGAAGACCUACAACGUACAAAGCGGGAGAUCGAUCGUCUCUCCUCAAGCGCCGACGCCGAGGCAGGGACAGGCGGCCUGCUGGGCAGUAUGGGGCGAGCUUUCCGUGGUGGGACGAGCAAGGAUCGCGAGCUCAAGGCCCUCAACCUCGAGCUGGGCUCCCUCUCCCUUCUCGCAGCUACUAUGCGCGACGAGCUUGACGAGCUCAAGGCCAGAAGAAAGGAGGCAGAGUACAAUACGACCCUUCCGGGAAAGCUGUGGCUGGCAAUAGGCCAUGCUUUUGCGCUUUAUUGCGUCACGAGACUGCUCAUUGCGCUGCUCUCGCUGCUCUUCUACAACUACGCAUCUGCAACGUCCUCUUCGUCCUCGCCGGAUGUCCUUUCGACUCUUCUGGCACGAUGGGUCCUUCAGCCACUCCUCGGCAUUCCACAGCAGGAUGUGGCUACCUGGAGCAAGCAAGUCUCGCUCCUCUUCGUGGGCGCCUUGAUCCUGGGUAGACUACGUGUGGUCCUCAAUGUCCUCGCCCGCUUCUUCCGGGCUGCAAGCUCGGGCGUGUCGACGAGCUUCCUCGUGCUCUUUUUGGCAGAGGUCCUCGUCGUCUACCUGCUCGCCACGCUCAUCCAGCUGAGGGCGUCGCUGCCGCCAAGCUUUGGCGAUCCGUCUGCAACUCCUGCCGACUCGUCGGUGAGCCAACCGUCGCCGACGUCACCGCCACUCCUCGCGAGCCUGCCAGACUUCAACGUCGUCUUUGGAUCGCUCUUCGAUGCAGCUUUCCUCCUCUCUGCGGCAGUCACGGGAGGGGUCAGAUAUCUCACCGGGCAACAGGAUGGAAUCCUCUUCUCGUCCAACGGGGGCAGUCUGGGCGGCAGAGAUUGA